CGGCUCCCGUUUUUUUUAUCGGCGCACUUGUUCCUCCGCAGGCAUCCUCGCUGUCUCUGCGGAGGGAUGUCGUCUCACGCCCGAUGCGUCGCAUGGAAGUGAGCGCAGAGUUGCGGCUGCUUCAUCACUUAACCAGGGGAGCCUUUAAGCCUGGGCUGAUGAAUCAUCCAAAGAGCCUUUAAGUGACAGAUAUCAAGUGGUGCUUCUUUCCUGGCCUCCAAUGGCCUUGCUGCUAGUUACAGUAGCCCAGGCAUGACUGUAACGUCUAAGAAACACAGUGUCGAGCCCUCUUCAUCUCACGAAGGCACGAGUCCCAGAUCUGGCACAGCACAGAUGGAUGAACCUGACGCUUUGCGAGGGAAGAUACACUUUGAGGAAUCUGUCUUAUUGGCUUCCGUGUUGGCUGAGCCCAUCAACCUAGAAGAUUCCUAUUAUGUUCAGCUGCAAGCUGAACUCAACGCAGAUGCUCAGAAUCUGGAGGCAGAGUCCUGGAGCGUAGCUGUGGACCACAACUAUGUGAAGGCCCUGAGCAAAGAGGCUGUUAAAAGACAGGAUGUCAUCUAUGAAUUGAUGCAGACAGAGCUGAACCAUGUUCGCACCUUAAAAGUCCUUGUUCACGUGUACAUGCAUGAGUUGAGAAGGUCGCUGACGAUGGAGGAAGCCAAGCUGGAAUGUCUCUUUCCUGGAGUGGAAGCUCUGCUCAGUCUUCACCAGAACUUUCUUAACCGCCUCAAAGAACACCAGAACCAGUGUCUGGAGGAAGGAGGCCCAAACUACCAGAUCACAAACCUGGGUGAAAUCCUAACCGAUCAGUUUUCAGGUUCAGUGGGAGAAUUAAUGAGAAAGUACUACAGUUGGUUUUGCAGCCAUCACAUGGAAACCGUGAGCUUCUACAAAGAACAGUUACAGAGCAACAAGAAGUUUCAGUUUGUCAUUAAGAAAAUAGGCCAGUUGCCUGUAGUGCGACGAUUAGGAAUUCCUGAGUGUUUCCUGUUGGUGACACAACGCAUCACAAAAUAUCCAGUCCUGGUGGAGCGGAUCCUAGAGAACACUGAAGCUGAAACAAGUGAGGGUCGGUUUCUGAAACAUUCUCUGGAGUUGAUAAAAAACACGAUCUCAAAGGUAAAUGAUCAGGUCAGGGAAUACGAGAAACUCGCUCGUCUGAGCCAGCGCCUGGACCCAAAGUCUCAAGGCCGGAUGAAGGAUGGGCGACUGUUCCGUAGAGAAGAUCUGAACCUGAACGCGAGGAAGUUGCUGCAUGAAGGCACUGUCACCUGGAAGUCCUCUGGCAAACAGAGAGACGUCCACGCUGUGCUGCUGUCAGACGUGCUCCUCCUCCUACAGGAGAAAGACCAGAAGCUUGUGUUUGCUGCCAUGGAAAACAACUCACCAGUGAUCUCACUUCAAAGGCUGAUCGUUAGAGAGGUGGCUCAUGAAGACAAAGCCCUGUUUCUUAUCUGUGCCUGCGAAUCCAGCAAUCCAACGAUGUACGAGAUCCACACAAGCUCCAAGGAGGAAUGCAUCACCUGGAUGGAGCUCAUACGGGGGGCCGUGGACCGCUGCCGAGAGGAUGAGGAAUACAGCGAACUGCUUGCUAGACUGCAGAUAUGUCAAGAUAUUCUUAAGGAGAAGGAUGAUCAGAUAUGGCAGCAUCUGACAGAGAAGCAGCAGGUUUUUGCUGCUCUUUAUGAGACUACGACAGAACAGGAAUCCCCCUACAAAGACCUGCAGCUGGAGAACAGGGAGACGCUGCUGGAGGCAGCCAUCACAGAGGUGGAAAAUCUGCAGAACCUGCUCCACUUGAGGUUAAAAGACCCCAACGUCACUGCAGACACAUUGGAAGCUGGGAUUGAGAGACCUGAUGGAAGGAAGACAAGUUACAUGUACAGUGACACUGCUACUGAUUUACAGUUCCAGGACUAUUUUGGCCCAGAGGAAUCUGCUGAUUACGACAUGGUUCCGGUGCCAGACUACAAUUUAUCCUCCAGUCACUUCCCAGAGCCAGAGGUGUGUGAUAGUGUAAUGAAACUUGCACAGUUGCUUUACAGCUUAAAGGCAGUCGCGGUCCAGCAGGACAGCCAGACGGAGCUGCAGCGUGCGUUUCAGUCAAAGAUCCAGCAGCCCACACGGCAUUACAGCAGUGUUCUGCUCGAGCAGGAGAAGCAGCGCAACCAGGAGAAGCAGAAGGAAGAACAGAGGAAGCUGCACAAGAUGCAGGCUCAACAUCAGGAGGAGCAGCAGAGAUGGGAGGAGGUGAAAGAGAAGCAAAUGGAACAGAUUCUGAUCCUGGAGGCCGAGCUGAGACAGAGGCAAGAGGACUGCAUGACCUGGGAGAAAAAGCUUAAAGAGGAGAGUGCCGAGCUGGAGAGGCAGAAGGAAGAACACCAGCAGCACCUGGAGACCUUGAGGAUUACUGUCAAAAUGGUAGAAAAGGAUAAGGAGCUUGUGACUCAUGAGAAGGAACGAUUGGAGAAAAUUAAGAGAAAAAUGAGCAUGUCAAAGCCGGUGAUCCCCAACUACGAUGAUCCUGCACAGAUCUUGAAUUUCUCGUUCAGGGGGAGCAUGGUAAAUGGAGGCAGGUAUCUGACCUCGCCUAUCCUUGAGGCCAACGUUCCCACCCCCAUGGACCCCAGGGAAAUCCCUCCAAAGGUUCCACCCCGCAAGGAGAGCAUAAGGGUCCCCACAGUCAAACCUGAGCUGCCCAUCCACCUGAUCAGCACCACUAACCAGACUUCCACAGCAACAGUGCGCCAGCGGAUCCCCACCAAGCUGCUGCAGGAGCCUCCGUCCAAAGGGAAGGAGAAGAGCCUGAAGAAAAACAAGUCCCAUAAAAGAGCAAACAGCGCAGCUUCUAUAGAUGUGAACCAGGUGGUGCCCAUCCGUGUGACAGGAAAAGAAGGAGGCAGUCUAAGGUCCACCAAUAACAGGAGUCCUCCUCCAAUAAUCUACCAGCCAGAUAUCUUCAAACCUCCGAGACCUUCCCCGAGUGUGAAGUCAUCGGACUCUUUGAGCACAAAGUUGAGGAACAACAGCAGCGAUGAGCCUCCACCGGUUCCACCUCCGUUCCCUAUAGAGGUCUCGAAAAGCAACGGACAGAAGGUGAUAUUCCUCUGAACUGAAACUACACACGUCUUGGCUGAGGCCUCGUCCAGUGGUCAGACUUGGACUGACUGACUUCAUCACACCGGAUGAAUCAGCUGAGGAAGCAACGUGACGAUCAUUUUAUAAAGUUGUUGAAAAAAUGUAAAGCACAAGGCUCCUAUGUACAUAGAGAGAAUAUUUUAAAGAUGUUACUAAAACGAUUAUUGCCAAAGACCUUUUAGUAUAUUUAAAUGAUAGGUCUUUUAAUGAGCGUAUCAGUUUUACCUCUGUUUAAAGUGCCAUGCAUGACGUUAUCUGGUAGCCUGAAUUUAUACCGUCAAAAUUCAAGUUAAGCGUUUGUGAAAGACACUAGUGUCUAUGGAUGUAAACAUGCGGUUUGUAAAUAUAAGAGCAGUCUCAGUUCCUCUGUGGAGGCUUAGUGCACAGACGGUGGGUGUGACAUAUUUAUGAAGCUGGUUUCAGACAGCGAUUAUGUGUUGGAUAGUUUAACAUUGUUUUUUCUCAGUUAGAAACACGUUGGCCACUGUCACUGUCGUCUUUACAUUAAACAAACAAUUUGACAUCUCCCUAAAACCAGUGGGUCAUGGAAUAAAAGAUGACGGACUUUA